GGAAAAUGUCAAGAAAUUGUUAAACUCAAAUGCAUUUUAAAUAAAACAAAAUUAAUAUAUACAGAUGUGUACAUAUAGCUAACGUCGGUUAUCAGUUUUAUUUUGUAAUGGAUCCACACGAAGGUAUUUUGGAAAAGUCCGAGGAUCUGUCAAAGAUAUCCACAUUCGCCGUGCUGGACCUGGAGACGACUAACUUGCCUGCCUUCAAUAAUAAUCGGGUGGGAAUUACAGAGUUGUGCAUUUACGCCUUUGAAGCCGCAAUCCUCCGGAAAACGGAGUCCCAGAAAGAAGAGCAUGUUCAACAAGAGGUGCCAGCGCAACCGCGCGUUCUGCACAAGUUGAAUCUACUGUUCCAACCGUCUAUGAUGGUGCAUCCGGAUGCUGAGAACUGCACAGGUCUGAGCAACUAUCUUCUAGAGCGGGAGUCCAAGCUGGAUGCAGAUGCCGGCCAACUCAUCAUCAGCUUCCUUAAGCACUUGCCAUCCCCGGUGUGCUUAGUGGCUCACAAUGGCUGGGGAUUCGAUUUUCCCAUUCUUAGGCAGGUAUUUGAAAAACUCAACAUGGAACUCCCUCAAUCCAUGACUUGUGUAGACUCCCUACGCGCCUUCUUGGAGAUCGAUGAGAACCGCAAUAAAAUAACAAGUCUUUUGGAAGUUCCAGUUACUUUAAAAGGCACUGAAGUUUUAACAGAACUUGAACAGAUCAAAGAAUCCGAAACCACCUUUAAGGAGCCAGAAUUGGCCAAGGAAAUCGACUGGCGAGCCAGAAAUGAAACCACUCCAAAACGUCCUAUUUUGACACCCGAGAUUGCUUCUCUUAAACGCAGACAAUUGUGCAAUGGUGAUGAGGAUGCGAAUCAGACUCCUGCUAAGAGGAAAACCCUAGAGUUCCGAUCGCGGCGCCAGCUGUUCAGCGGCUUGAUGUGUGCCGAGACCAAGCGGUAUCCGCCCCGCGGAAUUUACAAUUUGAGCAGUCUGUACACAAGAGAGUUCCAACGACCCGCAAAUAAUGCACACCAGGCAGAGGCCGAUGUUGCCAUGCUCACAAAACUGAUCCAGCAUUAUGGCAUGGAUUUUCUUGCCUUUGCCGAGGAACAAGCCAUUCCAUUUCAUCAAGUGGUACCACUUGGCUCUCCUGUCCGUCGAUAA